AGACAGACAGCGAGAUAGAAAGACAGAGAGACAGACAGACAGAGAGAGAGAGAGAGAGAAAGAGAGAGAGAACAUUUUCAGUGAUAUCUUUAUACAUGUGUGUAUUAGAAUGUAGUAGCAUGAGCCCAAUGGCCUUCCAUAGACUGCUGUGCCUUUAAGAGCUUGACUGCUGUAACCGCAGGCAGAGCAGUAGCUAUGGCGGAGUGUACGAGAUCAAGCUCAGGUCUCCCUUCUUCAGGAGACAUGACUUCACUGGCACGGGCUCUAUCCCACACCACUUUAUCCCAGCUCGACCAGUCGGACGCGUUUCAGUCGCAGUCGUCUCUGUACAGGAUGGGAGCCUCUCGGAGGAGAAGAAUAUCAGCGGGUCAAAGCGUGGACUCUGUGGAUGUGAGUCCGAGCGCUGAGGCGCGCGUGCUGGUUAUCAACACCGGAGGGACAAUAGGAAUGAUGUACCACAAUGACGUGCUGUGUCCGGAACCCAAUGCCCUGGUUAAAGCUCUACGCAAACUUCCCAUCCUGCAUGACGAGCAAUAUGCUCAGCAAACCAGACUCUAUGAGUACUACGAUCCUCCUGAGAACACACUGGUGCUGCCGAUGCCAACUCACCAUGCUGAUGAACUAUCUCAAAGCCUGUCCAAACAGAACAAAAGAAUAGUGUAUACUGUUAUAGAGUAUUCUCCGCUGCUGGAUUCCUGCAACAUGACAACUGAUGACUGGGCCACUAUUGGAAAAGACAUUGAGAAACAUUAUGAGAAAUAUGAUGGCUUUGUCAUUCUGCAUGGUACUGACACUAUGGCCUACACUGCCUCAGCUCUGUCCUUCAUGUGUGAGCACCUGGGAAAACCUGUCAUCCUCACCGGCUCUCAGGUACCAAUCUUUGAAAUGAGGAAUGAUGGCAGAGACAACCUGUUGGGGGCGCUGCUGAUAGCAGGACAGUUUGUCAUCCCUGAGGUGUGCCUCUACUUCCAUCAUAAGCUGUUCCGAGGUAAUCGUGUUACCAAAGUGGAUGCUGGGAGUUUUGACGCCUUUAACUCCCCCAACCUGGCUCCAUUAGCCAACGCUGAAGUUGAUAUCAAAAUAAAUUGGGACACGGUGUGGAGGGCAAACACAACAGCAAAGUUCAGGGUCAACACACAGAUGAACCGCAACGUGGGCCUCCUGCGUUUAUUCCCCGGGAUCACUGCUGACACUGUUCGAGCCUUCCUACAGCCACCCAUGGAGGGGAUUGUGCUGGAGACCUAUGGCAGCGGUAAUGCCCCCGAUAACCGCGCAGACCUGCUGGAAGAGUUCCGGAAAGCUACUCAAAGAGGAGUUAUCAUAGUCAACUGCACCCAGUGCCUCCGAGGCUCUGUCACCACAUCAUACGCCACUGGAAAGGCCCUGAGUGAUGCUGGAUUGGUACCUGGGGGUGAUAUGACUCCAGAAGCUGCUCUGUCUAAACUCUCCUACGUACUGGCCAGGAAAGACCUCGUCACACAAGAGAAAAAGAAGAUGUUGAGCCGAAAUCUGCGUGGUGAGAUGAUUGCUCACCUGGAGGGGGCCAAGCUGACGCUCAGUGACAGUCGCUUCAUUCAAGUCAUUGCUAAAUCCCUCAGCAUCAGCUGCAAAGAGGAACUGGAAGCUAUCCGUGAUGCCCUGACCCCGACGUUAGCCUGCGCUGCUGCUAAGAUUGGUGAUAUUGAGGCCCUGGAGGCAAUUAAAGAGAUGGGAGGUAAUUUGAGCAUGGAAGACUAUGAUGGCCGGACUCCUCUCCAUAUCGCAGCCUGCGAGGGUCACCUCAAAUUAGUGCAGUAUUUACUGAGCCAGGGAGCCACCGUCUAUGCCAAAGAUCGCUUUGGGAACACACCUCUUCUAAACGCUGUUCGUUUCAGACACAAAGAGGUGGUGAAGCUGCUGAAAAAAACAGGAGCCCAUUUUUCUCGUGAUGAAAUGGAAGAUGCUGGAACUGAGUUUUGCAGCCUGGCAGCAAAUGCAGACUUGGAAGGCUUGGAGAUUUGGCACUUAGCUGGAGCUGAUCUGACGAUGCCAAGUUAUAAUGGGCAAAUAGCCAUAGAGGUGGCCAUGCAGUUCAGCAAUGAGGAAGCCGUGCAGUUUCUUCAACGAGCUGCUCAGUACAGAGCUCAGCAUCAGACAGAUGAGGGUUUUGAGGUUUUUGAUGAAACUGAAGAGCUCAACAUGCAAAGUUUUGGAGGGAAACAGAUCACCAACAACUCCUACUUUUAGUGCCUGAAUGGUGAAGUCAUCAGUUUUUCAGCUUGUCCACAGAAGUCCUAAGAAGACAAUCCCACCAGCACCCUUGCCUUUGUUGUUUUUCAUUUGGUUUAUUUGUAUAUUGCUGUUACAGCAGAUAUUUUCACAAAUCAGCUUUACUUUAUGAAUGAGUAAACCAAACGCGGCAACAGUAAGAUGAUGGCUUGAGGAAGAAAUUUUGAGAGGACUUGGACAGGGGAACAUCCACCCUGGGUGACUUUAGAUAGUGAAUUUUGCUCAUGAUUAAUUAGAGUAUAACAGCACCUAGGUCACUUAGAGGAUAAGUAAACAGUACUGACUACUCUGCAAAUGUACAGGAUAUUAGGUAUGUGUACAUUGUGAGUAAGAAUAUGAUAUGAUAUGAUAUAAGAAUAUAUCCACCCUCCUUUAAUCCGCCUUUUUAAAAUACCCAAUUUGAUCUUACAUCAUUACAAUUUGAACAAUUUUAAUUAGAAAAUAAGCCAUUUAUUUUGCCUCUGAGCUGUACAUGUACAGGACUAAGCACACAAAUGUGAGUGUAUGUAUGUUUAGUUAUCAUGAGUGAAUGCCGUUUUAUAUUACUGAGCAAUAAUGCUGGAAGAGCUGAUGUCAUGUCAGUAUUAGAAAGUAAUAAAGUGUUAUUGUCUAAGAUGUUUCAGUUCCCAGGGAGGGAUACAAUAUGUAUUGUACAUUUUAGAACGUGUUUGUGAAUAGAGAAACCCAUGUUUGGGAACGAUUCCAAUUCAAAUAUGCUGUUAAACCAUAUCUUGUGUAAUCAGGUUUGCUUAUCAUCUCAUUAGGAUGUCAUGAAGUGGAAAGAAAGUCUUAUGAUUUACACUAGCCAACAUUGGUUUGGCUUUUUGCUAAUUUAUCAUCUGCUAAUGUGAACUGCCACAAAAGUGUUGUGCAAUAUUUAGUCACUUUUCAAUUCACAUCAACAUACAGUGUAAAAUGUUUUAAAGACACACAAAUGUAGUAUGACUCAGGUAAUAUCUGAAAGCUGAGAAGAUACACGUUCUUGUUUUGUCCUCAUAGGAAAGUAGUCUGUGUAUUAUUAUUAUUAUUAUUAUUAUUAUUAUUAUUAUUAUUAAUCUUAAUCUUAAUCAUAUCAUAUGAAUGUGUAUUGUGUAAAUCUAUGCUUAAUGUUAGAUAAGCACAAACAUGGAAAUAAAAUAUUUUCAUCUUAA